AUGGCAUCAAAGGGACUCCACCAAGUGGGAGAUGGGGAGAAGACCAUGCUGAAAAAGGAAAACAUCAAUGUUUUCAAUGCACUCAAUCAAAAGCAGCCGUCCUAUUCAAACCCCAAGCCUAUGAGCCGGACCGUCACUACCAAAGGACUCCCACUUUCCUCCAGGAGUAGUUUGGUUAAAUUCUUGAAGGAAGAUACCAUCAGUGUACAGAAGGAGACCCCAGAGGAGGAUUCCGAAUGCAGCUCUGAUGACACCAGCAUCUCCUCCAUCUCCUCCACCUUGCUGAACCCCAUCAAACUGGCUGUCACCCAGCCCAGCAGCAGCUUCUUUGUGCGGAUGCUGGAAGGAGAACUGAACAGACUCAGUGCUGUCUCAUUGCCUAAGAAUGAAGAAAAGAAGGACCUGGCCCUCUGUCCCCACCAAUCUCAGACCCAAAUACUUCCUGGGGGCCUGCUGGACUUUGACAAGCCCGAGCUGGACACAGACACCUCCUCAACACACUCCGAAUCCUCUGUGAUUGUGGAAGUUCCUGAAGCACCCUUCAUCUAUGAACACACAGUCAGCAACUCCACAGCAGUGAUUUCCUGGACCUAUGCUUUGGGCAAACAGCAGGCCAGUUUUUACCAAGUCCUGCUGCAGGAGGUGGCCAAGGUCAAGGACAAUGAGCAGCCCAAGACAAAGAACCGCCCAUGGAUCUUCAACAAGAUCUUGGGCACCACCAUCAAGCUGAUGGAGUUGAAGCCUAACACCAGUUACUGCCUCACUGUCCGUGCAGCCAACACAGCUGGCGUGGGCAGGUGGUGCAAGCCCUAUAGAUUUGCAACGGUGGCCGACUUGAACAGCUUCCCUGAGAACAACCCGAUUCAAAUCACGGUGCGGCGCAGGGCACCUCAACGGAGGACGGUGACCAUCAGGCCUGAUGAGAUGCGGAGACUAGAGGAUCUUGAAUAUUUAUGUCCCUACUAA